AUGAGGCCAACAUUGCGAGGUCUGCUCUUCAGAGCUUCAAAUCCACGUCUACGGCUUGCAAGUUCACCAAGCUUUCACCAGCCCCGACUUGUCCGACCUCUGCUACGAAGACCAGUCUCUACAAACCAGCAGGCACAGCCCGUCACUUCGCGUAUUGUAAAUUUCUUUUAUGGCGCAACUCUUGUACUUGGUCUUGGCAUAGCAUAUGUCUACGUCACAGAUACCCGAGCGAGUGUCCAUCGCUACGUGGUAAUUCCAGCUCUACGGCUGAUAUACCGUGAUCCCGAAGAGGCCCAUCACGCUGGCAAUCAUAUCCUGAAGAGCCUCUGGGAUUUCGGCAUACAUCCCAGGGAAAGAGGUGAUCCAGACAGCAAGAAAGACUUGGAGACAGAGGUCUUUGGUCAAAAACUUCGGAAUCCCAUUGCUACAUCUGCAGGUAUCGACAAGCAUGCUGACAUUCCUGAUGUACUAUUUGCUAUUGGCCCAGCUAUCAUUGAGAUUGGAGGAACCACUCCUCUGCCACAGAAUGGCAACCCUCAACCCAGAGUCUUUCGCCUGACAUCUCAACAGGCCAUCAUCAACAGAUACGGUUUGAAUUCGGAAGGUGCUGAUCAUGUAGCAAUGAGAUUGAGAAACCGUGUCCGGAAAUAUGCACAGUCACUGGGCCUUGGGCAUGACGAGGUUGCAGAAAAGGCAGUCCUUGAUGGCAUUGCUGGAGUUCCUCCUGGAAGUCUAACUCCUGGAAAAUUGUUGGCUGUCAACAUUGCCAAGAAUAAGAUUACACCAGAAGAGGAUGUCGAAGCUGUGACCAAUGAUUAUGUCUAUUGUGUUGACGUACUGGGACCAUACGCUGACAUUCUGGUGGUCAAUGUUUCCAGUCCCAACACUCCAGGUCUUCGUUCUUUGCAGCAAGCCGACAAGUUACAACAUAUCCUGACGGGAGUAGUGAAUGCGGCCCACAAGGUUGAGCGACGCACACGACCUAAAGUUAUGGUCAAGGUUAGCCCUGAUGAGGACUCAGAAGAGCAGAUCUCUGGAAUAUGUGAAGCGGUUUGGGCUUCAGGAGUUGAUGGUGUUAUCGUGGGAAAUACCACAAACAGGAGACCCGACGCACUCCCCCAUCUGAGAGGGUUCUCCCCACUGGAAGAACAGCAUCUGCUGGAAACCGGUGGCUUUUCCGGGCCACAUCUCUUUGACCGCACAGUGUCGCUUGUCAAGAAGUACCGGAAGCUUCUAGUCGAGAAACCUCGCCAACCACAACAGCCAUCGAAAGCCAGAGGUGCACUUGAAGCCGAAGCUGAACGUAUCAAAGCCUCAAUUCAAGCAAGUACUGGAGUGCCGCCUACAUCAAACCCUGACCCAGUAGUAGCUUCUGUGGAUACUGGUGUUGUUCCAGCCCAUAAUAUAUCAGGAAAGAGUGACGCAGAGAAGCAGCCACUCAUAACAUUGCCCGAGAACCGAUUCUAUGACCAGACAGAAUCAGAACAAAACCAGUUGAAAAGUGCAAAUGACAUUCUGACGGAGACUGAUAGGCUCGCGGGUGAAAAGAAGCAGCUCCAAGCGAUUCAGGAAGCUCUUGAAAAGCUUCCAUCGCGGGCAGAGCGUGAUGCGAAGGAUCGAUCUGAGGCCAGUCCUCAUCUAGACUCGAUUGAUCAAUCCAAAGUUAUCUUUGCAACCGGAGGCAUCACGAAUGGCAAACAAGCGCUGGAAGUGCUAAACGCUGGUGCCAAUGUUGCCAUGAUCUACACAGCUCUGGUUUACGGUGGUGUGGGCACCAUCUCAAGAGUGAAAGACGAAAUGCGAGAAGAAAUGCAACAUCAGGUUAGGGAAAAGCGCGAGGCAAGGGAGAAAAAGUAG